UUUUUUUGUAGAAUACAGAAUGCAGUCUAUAGCUGCCGCUCGCAGUACAGUUUCAUCUGUGAGAAUGCGCCUUCCUUGUUUUUAAGGUCAGUGGACUUUCUGUGCGCGUCGGCUACAGAACAACAACUGAAAACAACACUGGGAACAUUCCGGGACGAUUUAUUUAGAUUUAUAUAUUUUUAUUUAUAAACAAAAAAAAGAACAUUUAAUUUUCUAGAGCGGGCGGUAAAAAUAUUGAACGCAAUUAUUAUUAUUAUUAUUUUUAAUAAAUAAAUAGUGUGUUCCUCCAAACAGAGCAGUAUUGUCGGGUGUGCGAGUAUGCGUUUCCAGGUUGGAGCAUGCGCAGAGGCAGGCUGUGCCAUAUUGGAAUGAGGCAGCGGACACUGAGAGCAGAGCUCGGAGAGACGGCUUUUAAAAUCGACCUGGAAAAACUCGGAACAGGAGUUGGUGUGGAUGUUCUGAAACACUCUGGCAGUGCAAAGAGAGAGAGAGUCUGCCGAUGAGAACACAGCUGUGAGAGCCAGGGAGGGAGGAGAGAUCCGGCGCAGACAACCUCACACCCAGGGGAAUGAGUCAGAGCCGCCUGGACAUGAGCAGCAGAGAGCCCCAGGACACAGAUGCUGUGUCAGGCCUGGAGGACUCGGAGUUUAACUGGGAUGAGUAUCUGGAGGAGACUGGAACCACUGCCGCCCCCCACAGCUCUUUCAAGCAUGUGGAUCUCAGCCUGCAGAACGGGUUCAGCUCCGGGAUGAAGCUGGAGGUGGCGAACAAGAGCGACCCCGAGACGUACUGGGUGGCGUCCAUCAUCAUGACGUGCGGGCAGCUGCUCCUCCUGCGCUACGACGGCUACGGGGAAGACCGCCGCGCAGACUUCUGGUGUGACAUCAUGACUGCUGACCUGCACCCCAUCGGCUGGUGCGGACAGAACAACAAAGUGCUCAGACCCCCAGAGGGUAUCCGGGACAAGUAUUCGGACUGGGGUGCCUUUCUGGUGCAGACGCUGUCUGGGGCGAGCAGUGCUCCUGCAGCCCUGCUGGAGGGGCCUCACCGGGGCAGGAACCCCCUGGACCUCCUGGCUCCCGGGUCCCUGCUGGAGCUGCAGGACCGGGAGUGGCCCCUGCAGGCCUGGCUCGUGGUGGUGGAGGAGAACACGGGUGGCCGGCUGCGGUUCCGCUACGCCGGGGCUGAGAAGCGUGCCGAGCACCGGCGCUGGCUCUUCUACCUGGACCCCUUCCUUCAUCCCGUCGGCUGGGCCAGGCAGCAGGGCCUCUCUCUCACACCACCCGCAGCUGUGAAGGGGCUGAAGAGCGAUCUUGACUGGCAGGAGGUCCUGCAGGGCGUUCUUGGGGAGACAGUGGAGUCCGCGGUGCCUGAGCAGUUCUUCAAGGACAAGCCUGUGAUCGGCACUCAUUCAUUCUCAGCUGGGAUGAAGUUAGAGGCUGUGGACCCAGCAGCACCUUUCACUAUCAGCCCAGCGACUGUGACCAAGGUUUUCAGUGAGAAGUAUUUCCUGGUUCAGAUCGAUGACCUUCGCUCGGAGCAGGCGGGGGCCAGUGCGUUCGUGUGUCAUGUGACCAGCGGGGGGAUCUUUCCUGUGCAGUGGUGCCUGAAGAACGGGGUUCACCUCACCCCUCCCAAAGGUUACCCAGGACAAGACUUUGACUGGGCUGACUACCUGAAACAGUGCAGCUCAGAGGCAGCGCCACAACACUGCUUUUCAACGGACCUGCCUGAUUUCGGAUACACAGAGAACAUGAAACUGGAGGCAGUGAACCCCCUCAGCCCGGAAGAGAUUCACGCUGCCACGGUUACCAAGGUGAAAGGUCAGCACAUCUGGCUGCAUCUGGAAGGUUCGAAGAAGCCAGUCCCAGAGUGCAUUGUGCAUGUGGAAUCCAUGGACAUCUUCCCAGUGAGCUGGUGUGAAACCAAUGGAUACCCACUGAGCCAUCCCCGAAAACCCAAAGUCAAGAAGCAAAGGAAGGUCGCUGUGGUGCAGCCGGAAAAACAAGUGGCACCCAGAAACACCGCGCAUGACGGCUUGAGGAGCCAGGACUACAACUCCAGCGAGUCAGGGCUCGGAAACGGGAAAUACUGCUGUCCGAAAAUCUACUUCAAUCACCGGUGCUUCUCGGGUCCGUACCUCAACAAGGGCAGGAUUGCGGAGCUGCCUCAGUGCGUGGGGCCUGGCAGCUGUGCGCUGGUGCUCAAAGAGGUCCUCACCUUGCUGAUCAACGCUGCCUACAAGCCGAGUCGGGUCCUCAGGGAGCUGCAGCUGGAUGAAGAGGCUCGCUGGCAGGGGUACGGAGAGACCCUCAAGGCCAAGUACAAAGGGAAGAGUUACCGCGCCACGGUGGAGAUCGUCAGGACGGCCGACCAGGUGCCUGAUUUCUGCAGGAAGACCUGCAUCAAGCUGGAGUGCUGCCCCAACCUGUUCGGACCGAGGAUGGCGCUGGAGCGCUGCUCAGAGAACUGCUCGGGGCUGACCAAGACCAAGUACACUCACUAUUACGGGAAGAAGAGGAGCAAGCGCAUCGGCCGCCCCCCGGGGGGGCACACCAACCUGGAGGGGGGGGUCAAGAAGCCCAGCAAGAGGCGGAAACGACGCAAGCACUUCUUUGUGCACAAGAAGAAACGGUCCCCGGCCUCGCUGGACAACACGCCCGCAGGAUCCCCGCAGGGGAGCGGAGAGGAGGAGGAUCUGGACGAGGAGGAGUCUGGCAGCGAGGACUCGGGUUCGGAGCAGCAGGAUGAGCUCAUGGAGGACUCGGAGGUGUCCGAGAAGAAAUCCCAGCCGUCCUCCCCCUCGCAGGGAGACAAGAGGAAGAGGAAGAGCCGCACGUUCUCCUUCUCCGACGAUGAGAACAAGCCCCCCUCCCCCAAGGAGCUGAGGUCCGAGGUGGAGGACAGGCUGCAGCUGGAGAGCAGCCCCCUGGACUGGAGCGUGGCCGACGUGGUCCGGUUCAUCAAGACCACGGACUGCGCCCCUCUGGCACGGAUUUUCCUGGAUCAGGAAAUCGACGGGCAGGCUCUGCUGCUGCUCACCCUGCCCACUGUCCAGGAGUGCAUGGACCUGAAGCUGGGCCCCGCCAUCAAGCUGUGCCACCACAUCGAGAGGGUCAAACUCGCCUUCUACCAGCAGUACACCAACUGAGGGGCUGGAGGAACGGAGCCGCUCCAGGCAUGCAACUCUCCCUGACACGAGAGCGUGAUCGCUGACAGAAUCCCAGGGGCCUCACGCAGCGCAGCGCAGCACUGUCUGCAGUGACGCACGUCUAUCGCGAUGGACUUGCACAUCACAGCCUGGGUAUUUAAUGGGUUGUCAGUCAGCUCAGGUGACACCUGCAGCACGUGAAGGCAUUCUUACCAGCGUUCUGCAGGAAACAAAGUGCUUCAUCCGGCUGCAAAAACACAUGUGAAACGUGAUCAUUAAUACUCCAGCAAAUCACAGCCUGUGAAUUAACGCUUCUCCGCAGGUCAGGAGUGUCCUCCAAUCACAGCCUGUGAAUUAAUGCUUCUCCGCAGGUCAGGAGUGUCCUCCAAUCACAGGGGCUCUCGGCAAACGCAGUGUUUACCCCAUCUUCUUCCCUGAGCGGCUCCGUAAUCUCUGCACCCCAGACUCGGCAUCACAAAGCACAAAACUAAAAAAAAAUAAUAAUAACAAGGACUUGAAGUGAGGAUCGUUGAAAAUGUAAUCUCGCUGAAGUGGAAGCGACCUGGUGGUGGAUAUACAGGGACGUGUACAUUACUUUGAUGUAUAUGCUUUAUAAAGCGUGAAAUUCAUUAUUAAAUGGGACUUCCUGUACUGACAAAGCACACAAUAAUAUUAUUAUUAUUAUUAUUAUUAUUAUUAUUAUUAUUAUUAUUAUUAUAAAUUGUAUUAUUAUUAUUAUUAUUUAUAAGAACCGCGUGGUCAUUUCGCUUUGCUUUACCACCCUGGAAUAUGGAACUGUCAGAACUGUGACAGAACCUGGAACUGUCAGAUAUGAAAUCUAGUGCUUAUUUCCCUGCUAGCAUUCUCUGUAGAAAGAGGGUGUGCUGUUGUGAGGGUGCUUCGUGAACGAUGUAUAGAAUAUCGCAUCGGGUGCUGUCUGAUAGAGCUGAGAUCCACUCCAUCGCUGAGUGAUCUCGAGUGGCUGAAGCUCAGCUCCAUGCUGCGCAGCGUCUCCUACGCUCUCCUUCAUAAUAUAUAACCGUGUAACUAACAUCGUUUCCAUCUGGCACAGAGAAAUGUCAGAUGGCGGUAUGUGUCGCAUCAGUAUCAGGGUGUGCUCUAUACUCUCUAGAUGUAUUUAUCACUGUUUGUACGCAUCAGUUCAUGCUAAACUCAAUGUGUUCCCGUUGUACACAUCACUAGAUACUCACCCUUCAUUCACUUCAGAAUCCGUUUAGUUUUUGUCGUUCCUGUUUUCUGCAGAGAGUUCUGAGUGCACCGACGCUGUUUGUACCUUCAUUGUUUUACACCUUGGGCCUGGUUUUCCAAAGCUGGUGUAAGUUAAGAUCCCCUGUUUAUAAACCCUUUUUUUAAGAGGGUUUAUAAACAUGUUCUUCGGUUAAACGGUAAUUUGGGAAAAGGAAAUAAACCGCUAAAGCCUUUCUAAUUAUAGUUGGUUCUUCCAACUUGAUUUGAAUUAAUCAAAAUGGGCUAACAUUUUUACACUUCAAAUUCGCGCAAAAAUCCUCACGCAGUCAUCUUAUGAAUUUUCAACUCUUGUCAGAAUUUGCAGCGCUUGUUAAAAUGAGUCUUUCAGUAGCGCUGAGUGAGGAGGGUAUGGAAGCGAGAACACUUUAAACAGGUCUAUAGCAUGCAGGUACUGUAAUGACUUUGAAGUGACCUGGCUGUGUUUCUUUAGGGUACAUACCCAGCUCCAGAUGUCUCCCUGUCCUCACUUCUAAAUUAGAUGCUCCAUGUAAAAGUUACCCAGCUUUUAAACCCAGGUCCAUUGUGUUCUAUGUUGUGACAUGGUAUGGCGUGCAUACGAUACAAAACCUGAGUACUCUCCAAUCGGAGUCCUAGCAUCAGCGUGGACAUGUUGGCUGGUAUAUGACAUGAUAUCUCAGGGUGGAGAAUUGCGAUACAUUUUCUUUUCUUACACAUUUCUCAAAUCUAAAUCUUCUAUAAAUGUCACGGCUUUUCUCAAAUCGAUUGCACGAAGCUUACCUGUGCGAUCAAAUGCAAUGAAGUAUAAUCGUAGGCAGUCUUUGUGCUGUGGCCAUGUUCCAGGUCGCUGUGCACCUGUUUUGCCAAUUCAUUUUGUAUGUAGUGUUCUACUAGCGAUCCCCUUGUAAUGCGAAGGUGUGGUGUUUUUGAAAUUGCUUAGAAAGAGCUGCAGAACAAGCCUCAAUGCUGGAUUUAUAUUCCGAGUUCAGUCAAACUGAACAUGUGGGUAAUAAGUCCUCAACUAAAUACAAAAAAAAAAAAUAUGUAACGCUGCUUAGAAAAUAGAAAGCAAAACUUUUUUUUUUUUAAAUUACGGUUUAAAAAAUAAAUAAAUAAAUAAAUAAAUAAAUAAAUCGAAAAAAGUUUCCAAAGAUUCAGCUCUGUGGCGUGUCUCCUAUUCACUGCACUUCAGUCGGAAAGUCAAGGUUCUGAGCCAAUGAGAAAAGCCUGGUCCACUGCCGGACCAAUCAGUAGGAGAUAUGAAAAGUGGCCGAGCCAAUGAGGGGCUGCCCUUUGCUUCCCAGAUAGUCCGAGGAGGGCUUUCACUUAAUCAAGAACGAAGAUGAGGGAAUCCUGAACGAACUGAAAGGAACCACAUUAAGAGGUCUGGGAUAUGCUGGGAUCUCAGUGCUGUCUUAAAACUAAACAGGGUAGCAAAUCAAAUGAAAUGAAAAGACUUCUACAUUAUGCAAGGUUCAUAUUAAGCAGCAUUUGUUUUUGUUAAAGUUAGCUACCUUUAGCUGUGCAGUGGUGGAUUUUGUAGUGGUAAUUUAUCGUUGUAAAUAAUAACUAGACAGACAGAAAACACAGCUCAGGUCAAUCAAUAUAAUGAAGUGCUGGGUUUGAAUAUUCUUUCAGUUGUGAAUCAGCUGGAAAACAAAAGGGUUAUUUAACCCAUAUUACAGUAAAUGGUCUCCCUGGGAUACCAUCAAGUUAACUAUUACAGGACGGAGACAGACACUCUUCUGUACACUAGAAUGUGUGAGUAAUUCUGCAUUGGUUUCCUUUUGCAUGAUAUUUUUCUGAUCCAGUCAUUUUUACAGACAUGAACGAAUGCAAACUUGCAGCACUAUUCGACAACAGGGUGAUGUUUACCAGUUAUUUUGCAGUCAACCGUGCUUGCUCUGUGCAUUUCUCAUUGUUUCCAGGGGUCUGGCUGUGCUUGCGCUGUGCAUUUCUCAUUGUUUCCAGGGGUUUGGCUGUGCUUGCUCUGUGCAUUUCUCAUUGUUUCCAGGGGUUUGGCUGUGCUUGCGCUGUGCAUUUCUCAUUGUUUACAGGAGUUUGGCUGUGCUUGCUCUGUGCAUUUCUCAUUGUUUCCAGGGGUUUGGCUGUGCUUGCUCUGUGCAUUUCUCAUUGUUUCCAGGGGUUUGGCUGUGCUUGCUCUGUGCAUUUCUCAUUGUUUACAGGGGUCUGCCUGUGCUUGCUCUGUGCAUUUCUCAUUGUUUCCAGGGGUUUGGCUGUGCUUGCUCUGUGCAUUUCUCAUUGUUUACAGGGGUUUGGCUGUGCUUGCGCUGUGCAUUUCUCAUUGUUUACAGGGGUUUGGCUGUGCUUGCUCUGUGCAUUUCUCAUUGUUUCCAGGGGUUUGGCUGUGCUUGCGCUGUGCAUUUCUCAUUGUUUACAGGGGUUUGGCUGUGCUUGCGCUGUGCAUUUCUCAUUGUUUCCAGGGGUUUGGCUGUGCUUGCUCUGUGCAUUUCUCAUUGUUUCCAGGGGUUUGGCUGUGCUUGCGCUGUGCAUUUCUCAUUGUUUACAGGGGUUUGGCUGUGCUUGCGCUGUGCAUUUCUCAUUGUUUACAGGGGUUUGGCUGUGCUUGCUCUGUGCAUUUCUCAUUGUUUCCAGGGGUUUGGCUGUGCUUGCGCUGUGCAUUUCUCAUUGUUUCCAGGGGUUUGGCUGUGCUUGCGCUGUGCAUUUCUCAUUGUUUCCAGGGGUUUGGCUGUGCUUGCGCUGUGCAUUUCUCAUUGUUUCCAGGGGUUUGGCUGUGCUUGCGCUGUGCAUUUCUCAUUGUUUCCAGGGGUUUGGCUGUGCUUGCUCUGUGCAUUUCUCAUUGUUUCCAGGGGUUUGGCUGUGCUUGCGCUGUGCAUUUCUCAUUGUUUCCAGGGGUUUGGCUGUGCUUGCGCUGUGCAUUUCUCAUUGUUUCCAGGGGUUUGGCUGUGCUUGCGCUGUGCAUUUCUCAUUGUUUCCAGGGGUUUGGCUGUGCUUGCGCUGUGCAUUUCUCAUUGUUUCCAGGGGUUUGGCUGUGCUUGCGCUGUGCAUUUCUCAUUGUUUACAGGGGUUUGGCUGUGCUUGUUGUACUGUGCUUAACCGCACGGUGUUGUGAUUUUUACCAUGGUAUACUAGAAACACAUUUCAACUUUAAUCUAUUGGGAAACUCUGUAACCAAUCAGAAAAGCCGUCCUAACAAGACCUCCGUCACUUUAUAAAGGACUGCAGCAUGUGUUUGUGCACAGACUGUAUGUGUACAGCAGUUACUUGUAUAUGGAAAUGGAUUCGGAGAGCUUGAAUGUGAAAUAACUGGCAUACAAUGUACACUUACUGCUAUGCAAACACUUACAUCUGUCUUGCAUACUUUUGACAAGAGUUAUAUAUAUAUAUAUAUAUAUAUAUAUAUAUGGGAUCAGCAUUGCUCAUCUGUAUUGAUAUUGGGCUCUCAGUGUGUUUUAUAUAUUGCAAAUCCCUAUUGCUACUCUAAGUAAUGCAUCGGUGAACAAUGGGCCCACUUUCAUGUAAAUAAAAUUGUACAUACAUUUGUGGAAUAUGAGUAACUAUUUUAAAGAAAUGUGAAUAAAAAGCUGUGUGUUUGA